CAAUCGGUACGUAAAACUCACUUUACGCUGGAUAAAGCAAAAACAGUCACGAAUAAGCUACGUUCAAUAUGAACGAACUUCUUUUCUGUGCAAUUCCCCUUUUACUGCUCGGAUCGAAGACGAGGGGACAGGAGCUGCCAGCGGUAGAUCGAAUCGUCGAUGGAGCACCUAUCAAUAUUACGGAAGUUCCAUAUAUGUUAUCGUACAGAGCAAAUAAUGAACACGCAUGCGGUGCUGGUAUCAUCAAUAGAGAGUGGGGAGUAACUGCUGCUCACUGUGUCGUUCCAUUUAUCGACAAUCCCGAAUUUUCGAUAACCGUCCGUAGUGGAUCUAGCAAAUUCGAUACUGGUGGUGUUAUUCACAAUGUAACGACGCUUACUUACCACGAAAAUUACGAUGAAGGAAACAACGAUUACGAUAUUGCGGUAUUCAAAGUGCAUCCACCGUUUGAAUUUAACAACGCGACACAACCUGUCAAGUUGCCUGAGGGCAGUGAAACCGUUGACACAAAUUGGGGUUUAAUCGCCGGUUGGGGCUACUUCAUCGAUUUCGAUCCUGUAUUAUCGGAGACUCUGCAAUACGUUAUAGUGCCGAAAAUGAAGAGAGAGAAAUGCAUGGCGGACUACAAAGGCAAAUAUGAAGUAACAGAGCGGCAGGUUUGUUACGGAUUUUCAGAAGGAGGAAAAGAUUCGUGCAAGGGUGAUUCUGGUGGUCCAUUGGUUAACAAGGGUAUCAUGAUCGGUAUAACCUCGUGGGGCCCCGAUUGCGGUGGAUCACACGAACCUGGCGUUUACACCGACGUUAUCGGGCUAGCAGAAUGGAUUAAAAAUAAAACUAUGUGAUCUUUUAUAACUUGCACAAUAAUUUUAAUAAAUUUGCUUCACGGUUUCGAAACCGACA